AUGGCUGCGAAUACCAGAUACGAGCCAGCUCCCCAACGGGACUCUUUUGAGGAGCGGGCAUACCCUCAGCCGCCGCCGUCUUAUCAGGCAACGGCUGAGCGCUCACAACAGCCACGCAGCGAGGACGACAAUGUCCCCGAUGACUUCAAAUUUGGCGGCAUGGUGGCGGAGGCCACUCUACCCAUCCGUAUGCAAUUCAUCCGCAAGGUCUAUGCAAUCCUGACAGCACAACUACUUCUCACGACGGCCCUCAGCUCGGUCUCUUUCUUCAGCGACAGCUACCGGGUUUGGAUCCAAUCCAACUUCUGGCUGAUGCUGGUAUCUGUAUUCGGUGCUCUCGGAUUCAUGCUCAUCACGUACUGGAAACGCAAAAGCUACCCAACUAACCUCUUCUUCCUUUCUGGCUUCACCGUACUAGAAGCCUACGCGGUCAGCGUGGUGGUAUCCUUCUACGAUGCCCGUAUCGUGGUCCAGGCGCUCAUCCUGACCCUGGGCAUCUUCGUCGCCCUCACCCUGUUCGCCUGCCAGACCAAAUACGACUUCACUAGCUGGAUGCCCUACCUGUUCGGCGCGCUGCUCUUCCUUAUCAUGUUCGGCUUGGUGGCUGCUUUCAUGCCCGGUCGUACGGUCGAGCUUAUCUAUAGUGCGUUGGCGGCAUUGAUCUUCUCCGCCUACAUCCUCGUCGAUACCCAGAUGGUCAUGCGUCAUUACCAUGUCGAAGAGGAAAUCGCUGCAUCCAUCUCUCUCUAUCUGGACAUUCUCAAUCUCUUCCUGGCUAUCCUGCGCAUCCUCAAUAACCAGCAUAACAACUGA